ACGAGGAGCAGAGGAGGCGCGCCAUAAAUGGAGUGGUGGACAUCACAAAGCUCUGCCUGAUGGAGAUGAACCAGGAGGAACUGGCAGACAAACUGUUGAGCGGAUCUGCUGCUGUCGAGUGCCAACAUAAAAUAAAGUCUAAUUUGCAGCAGAAGUUCAGGUGUGUGUUCGAGGGAAUCGCUAAAGCAGGACUUUCAACACCUCUGAAUGAGGUAUACACAGAGAUCUUCAUCACAAAGAGAGGCAGUGGCGAGCUCAACCAGGAGCAUGAGGUCAGACUGAUUGAAGCAGCUUCCAGGAAACCAGCCAUGGAGGAAACACCAAUCAAAUGUGAGGACAUCUUUAAACCCUUACCUGGACAAGAUAAAACAAUGAAAAAACCAAGGACAAUUAUGACAACUGGAGUGGCAGGCAUUGGUAAAACCAUCUUAACACACAAGUUUACUCUGGACUGGGCUGAAGGCAAAGCCAACCAUGACAUACACUUCACGUUUUUCCUCACUUUCAGAGAGCUGAAUUUACUGCAAGGGAAAGAGAUUAGCUUGGUGGAACUUCUUCAACGCUUCUUUUCUGAGACCAAAGAGCCAAGAAUCUACAGAUAUGACCCGUUCCAAGUUGUCUUCAUAUUAGAUGGUCUGGAUGAAUGUCGACUUCCUCUGGACUUCCAGAACAACCAGACCUGGACUGAUGUCAAAGAGCCGUCCUCGGUGGACGUGCUGCUGACAAACCUCAUCAGGGGCAACCUGCUUCCCUCCGCUCGCAUCUGGAUAACCACACGCCCUGCGGCAGCUGAUCAGAUCCCUGCUGAGUGUGUUGACAUGGUGACAGAGGUGAGGGGGUUCACCGACCAACAGAAGGAGGAGUACUUCAGGAAGAGAUUCAGAGACGAGAAGCUGGCCAACACAAUCAUCUCCCACGUAAAGAAAUCCCGAAGCCUCCACAUCAUGUGUCACAUCCCAGUCUUCUGUUGGAUUACUGCUACAGUUAUGGAGGACUUCUUCAAAAAAUCCCAGAUAGGAGAUGAGACGCCCAAGACCGUGACUCAGAUGUACAGCCACUUCCUGAGGGUUCAGUCGAUACAGGGGGACAGGAAGUUUCAUGGGAAAGUUGAAACAGAUCAACACUGGAGUCCAGAGAGCAGGAAGAUCAUUGUUUCUUUGGGAAAACUGGCUUUUAACCAGCUGGAGAAAGGCGAUCUGAUCUUCUACAAGGAAGACAUGGUGGAGUGUGUCAUCGAUAUCAGAGCAGCCUCAGUGUACUCAGGAGUGUUCACCCAGAUCUUUAAAGAGGAGUGUGGGCUGUACCAGAACAAGGUAUUCUGCUUUGUCCAUCUGAGCGUCCAGGAGUAUCUGGCUGCACUGUAUGUCUUUAUGUCCUUCAUCGACACUGGGGUCAAUUGGCUCUCAGAUGAACAACCAACUGUCGAUGAAAUCCUCUUCUACCAGAGUGCUGUGGACAAGGCCUUACAGAGUGAGAACGGACACCUGGACUUGUUCCUCCGCUUCCUCCUGGGCCUCUCUCUGGAGACCAAUCAGAUUGUCAUAAGAGGUCUGCUGGGACAGACAGGAACUAGCUCACUGACCAAUACAAAAACAGUGUCUUACAUCAAGGAGAAAAUAGAUGGAGAUCUCUCUCCAGAGAGAAGCAUCAACCUGUUCCACUGUCUGAAUGAGCUGAACGACCGUUCUCUAGUGGAGGAGAUCCAACAGGCCCUGACAUCAGGAAGUCUGUUCAAAACACAUGUCUCUCCUGCUCAGUGGUCAGCUCUGGUCUUCCUCUUACUCUCAUCAGAAGAGGAGCUUGACGUGUUUGACCUGAAGAAAUACGUUUCUUCAGAGAAUGGUCUUCUGAGGCUGCUGCCAGUGGUCAAAGCCUCCAAAACAUCUCUUUUGAAUGGCUGCCAGCUGUCAGAGAGAUGCUGUGAAGCUCUGGCCUCAGUUCUCAGCUCCAACUCCUCUAGUCUGAGAGAGCUGGACCUGAGUACCAAUGAUCUGCAGGAUUCAGGAGUGAAGCUGCUUUCUGCUGGACUGGGGAGUCCACACUGUACACUGGAAACUCUCAGCCUGAAUGGCUCUAAUCUGUCAGAGAGAUGCUGUGAAGCUCUGGCAUCAGUUCUCAGCUCCAACUCCUCUAGUCUGAAAGAGCUGAACCUGAGUUCCAAUGAUCUGCAGGAUUCAGGAGUGAAGCUGCUCUCUGCUGGACUGGGGAGUCCACACUGUACACUGGAAACUCUCAGGUCAGUUUUACUCCAUGGUCAAACAGUAACACCACAAGUUCCACCUCAUAGGACAUUGAACCGAUUUACCUCCAAUUGA